CACUUCCGGAUUUCGGGGUGUCUCCACCUUACCGGUCCGCCCCCUCCCCUAGGCACUUCCUACAAGCUUUGUCCUAACAGUAGCAGAGUCGCAGUGGGGACGCCGCUAAGCCCGGCCAGCGUUCUCCUUGGAGACGCUCUUAGUAGCGGCUCCGGCCUGAGGAAGCCAAUCCGCCCGCUGAGUCGACUGGCGGGGGCGGGCGGGCCGUUUGUUCCAAGCACCGAGUGAGGCAACCCGGAAGUCGCGUGGUGCUACAGCGGCGCCGCCGUCGGGGGCGGGUGCCGGGUACCCGGAGGUGGAGACGACGCCACCCGCCUGAUUUUGACUCCUAACCAUAAAAGAUGCUGGAGUCAUAUGUAACUCCUAUUUUAAUGAGCUAUGUGAAUCGCUAUAUCAAAAACUUAAAGCCUUCGGAUCUGCAGCUUUCACUGUGGGGUGGAGACGUGGUUCUCAGCAAACUCGAGUUAAAGUUAGAUGUGUUGGAGCAGGAAUUGAAGUUACCAUUUACUUUUUUAAGUGGACAUAUUCAUGAAUUGAGGAUUCAUGUACCAUGGACAAAACUGGGUUCAGAACCAGUGGUAAUUACCAUCAAUACAAUGGAAUGCAUUUUGAAACUUAAAGAUGGAAUACAGGAUGACCAUGAAAGCUGUGGUUCUAAUUCUACCAACCGUAGCUCUACUGAGAAUGCAAAAUCAUCAGUGAAACCCCGAAGAAUUCAUCAGGCUGCUCCUACAGAUCCUGACUUACCACCAGGUAAUUUCAGUUAUUGUUGAUCAUUGUUUUAGUCCUUUGUAGAAUAUACAUUUUCAGUCCUCUUUACCAUUGUAAAACUUUUAGGCUAUAUAUACAUGUGCAGAACAUAUUGGGUCCAGAACCCUCACAAAUGGCUUUUAGUCAGAUUUUGAUCCUUUUUUUGUAGCAAGUUAAGCUUUGAGUUUCUUUCUUACAGCCUCUUUAAGCAGAGACUCAUGGUCUCUUUGUUCCUUCUUCUCACUGAUAACAGAGAAAAGACACUGGAUUGUUGACUUUGGAAGAUUUAAAAUUCAUUAAUGAAAUGAUAGGAUUUUGUAACGGGAAGAAACCUUAUAUAUUACCUCUCUCAUUUUCUGAUGUUUUUAUCUACCUGGCAAAUAUUCAAUGAAAGAAAACCAUUAUUGUAUGUCAGCUCUGUGGCUAAAGUGCAUUACUGCCUUUAUACAAUUAAGAGUUGUUUAUCAGUCACUUUUUCUUUUGAUUUUUUUUUCGAUUAGUCACUCCUCUUUUUUUGUGAGGCAUGAUGGAGAUUGUUGUAUACUUCUGUCUUGUGCAAAGGGUUAAAACUCUCUACUAGGUUUAACCUAGUUAAUUUUUGACAGUCUUCCGGCACCAUCUAUUGUUAUAGGUUAAAGUUAGGUAUACCAUUAUGUAGUUACACAUCUAUUAAAUACACAUCCUAAGUUACCAGUGCUCUUGAAGUGAACAUUAUUAGCUAGCGCUAUAAUGAUAAUAAUGAUACUUUGUAUUUUUCUUAACUGUAUAUAACAAAUUUGGUAGUCCAUCUGGCCUUUAGGAAGUUUAGUUGCUAUAAGCUGUAGAAGGUUCCCAAAGAUAUUUCUAAAUGUUUUCAAUUCUUCUUAGUGGGGUAGUUCUGGAACUUUUUCAACUUUUUUCUUUUUAACUCCUUGGGAAAAAUCCCAGGGGAAUUAAACUAUAAAUUAAAUUAA